AUGAGUUUAUGGCCUCAGUCACUCAUUUCAGAGCGAGCCCUGCCUCCAGAAGUUUCUCAACAGUUAGCUUCAGCAGUCAGAUGGCCACCAGCCCCAGCACCACCCAGCAGCCCAGUAACAUGGAGGAACCCCAGCAGCCAGACCAGCCAAUCAGCACUCAGCAGGAUGGAGAUGCUGCCCAAACUGCUGUGACUUCUCAACCAACCAGCUCUGACCAACAACCCUCAACAACAGAUGCUCCCGAGGCCCAGCAGACGGAGGAGGGGAAGGCAAUGGACCACCUGACAGUAAUCAGUGAAAACUCAGAGACCAGUAAUGGCGUCGCUCCUGUGAUGGCUGACUCGUCACCCAUAGCGCCCUCUGUGUCGCCCAAGCUGCAUGCAAAGCCAGGUGGCCAUGCUAAUGGCCGGCCACGCUUGGGCAGCCGGUCCGGCUCGUUAGCGAUGGGUUCACCCAGGCCCUCGCUCACCCGCCAGCCCAGUGCCAUCACAGAGGCCGCUGUGGAUGGAUCCAAGCCGAGGGACUACCUGAUCCUUGCUAUCCUGUCCUGCUUCUGCCCAAUGUGGCCCGUAAACAUCGUGGCCCUGACCUUCUCCGUGAUGUCCCGAAACAGUCUGCAGCAAGGCAACGUUGACGGAGCUCGCCGUUUGGGCCGGAACGCCAUGGUGCUAUCUGUUGUCUCCAUUUUAGGAGGGAUCGCCAUCAUCACCGCGGCCAUCGUCCUGAACUGGGGAUUGAUCUUAAAAUCCUGAUUAAAACCAACUGGCAUGGUGAGACUGACUUCAUGACAUCAAACCCGACAUGACACCGUUUCCUCCCAUUCCUGAAGCACUAUCGUUGUCGAGCGCCUGCACCAGAUGUAAAACGAAUCCAAAUCAGUUCCUGUUCUUUGCUGUUGUUUCUUGCUGCACGACGAGCAUGGUCUGCCUGACGCUCUACCUCCGACACGACCAACAAACCCACUCCUGAUGCCUGACGCCUGAUCUGGAGAGAAGGACGGAUCACCAGAUGCUCAUUUCAUUCUGUGGUAGCAGCUUAUCUCCUCCUCAGAUGGUUUCCUCGCAUGGACAUGGACAUCCAUGGAAAUGGGAUUUUUCUGAUUCCUACUGGUCCAGUAAUGGUGUGAACUGGGGGACCUGGUUUGUUACGUUUUGAUGCCAAAAAUUUAGAAACCCAGUCUCAGAUGAACUGAAACUGGGAGAAGCUGCUGCUGUGAUAGUUUAACCUGAACUGAAGAGGGACUCUAAAAGUCUUUUCAACUGUGAAGGCAGGCAGGAGAAGCAGUGAUCUUUGUUUCAGCACACGAGCACAGAGAUGGACUUCCUCUGCUUCACUGGUUUCUGUAACUCAGUCUUUGUUUCACUGGUCUUUGUGAAAGAACAUUAGGUGUGGCUCACAGGUUUACUCUCCAUAUUCAUGAUAAAUCUCCUCCAGGAGCUGCUGUAAGUCAUAAUGUUCCAUCCAACAUUAUAACAGACAGUGAACUGACCACAGGUGCUCAGACUGCCGGCUGUUAGCUGUGGUCGUCUGACUGUAAGCGAUUUGGAGUCUUUUAGUUUCAGCUGUAUUUCAUUAUUCUCCCUGACCACAGCCUUUGGCUCUUACUGGACAUAAAGUGAUGGGAAGUUUCACAUCAUUCUUGACGUUCUCCGGGACUUCUAUUAAUUUGUGUGGCUGAGGUUACAUUUGCACUGAGCCAUCUCGACUCCCUUUGAGUGUUCACAGUGUGAUCUCAUGUAAAAUGGAUCAAUUCUUCUUUCUCUCCGGCCUUUUAAUGUCAGUCUGUGUCCGUAGUCUAGCAGUCAUAGCAGUUACUGCCCUCUUCCCAUAAAGGAGACAAAGACAUUUUCUGAUGAAAUAUUCUGCUGCUGAUACAAGAAGAAUUUCCUCAACAGCUUCUCAUAUAUUGGUACAUCUUGGUCUCGUCCUAAAGCAUCAGUCAGUGAUCUGAAAUCAUAAUUCUGAAACCUUUUUUGGGUGCAAGCCUUACCUGCAUGGACUAAAUCUGAUACCUGUAUCAAUUCUAUUCAUGCUAGUAACUAACAAUAGGCACCCUUGGAAGGAAUUUUUCUACUCACCUUUUUGCAGUGACAGGGGAUGAAUAUCAAUCUUACAUCUCCCUUUUAGGAGGAACUAUGAGUAAUGUAAGUGCACGGUGGUGAUUUUACCAGAUCCUCUUAAAAGAUUCACCUGGUAGCCAAUGACCUGUUCAAGGUUAGGGUCAGGUUCACAUCUAAGCUUUUUUAUGGAAAAUGUUCUUAUAUGCAUACCCCAGAUUUAAAUCUUAGAACAAAAGAACUGUGAGAGUUUGAUUUUUGAUGGUUCCAGGUUCUAGUUUCUGAAGCUAGGCUUGCUCAGCAUGUGUCUCAAAUGCAACGCUAUGCCUACACUUAAAUGGUUUGUUGGUGACCCUCUGAGGUCUAAGCUAUCCACAGUGAUCAACAUAAAUCUAAGCUAGACUCCCAAGACAAAAAUAAUUGAUUGACAUCCAGAAAAACUAUUUAGAUUUCUUCCCAAAAACAGUCCUUUCAGCCUUUCUUUUAAAAAACAAAGGGUUAGAGUUGGGGUUGUUACUGAUGAUGGCUUAGACCGUACAGUUCAGCUCAAUUCAAUUUUAUUUAUAUAGCGCCAAAUCACAACAACAGUCGCCUCAAGGCGCUUUAAACAGGGUAUAAACACAAGCACAAGGUCAGUGUUCAGUGACUGAUUACACAAAUGAAUGCAACACUGGCAACGGCAAAUAUCAACAACCCAUGUAGGGUUAGGGUUGUUGCUGAGGUUUGUUCUAGCUGGGGUUCAUGUGCUAAAUUAAAAAAAUUUUAUUAAUUAGAAGAUGUUACCUUUCAAGUGAAAGUUCAUAUUUAUUUAUAUUUGGAGUUAUAGUUUUAUUUUUGUGAGGCGUGUUUUUCAUUUGGGUGUUUCAAAGAGACGCAGAUUCUAUAAAAGACACGUGGAUGUUGAACAAACUAAAGUCCUAACCCCAACCUUUCAGUCGCCUAACCCUGACCCUAACCCUAACCCUAACCUACCAACAGCUGGCUGUUCACCGUUCCCCCCGGCAGUGCAAAUGACAAAGCCCUUGAGGGGACAUAGUUCUCAUGAGAGUCUCCUGAGCCGUUAGGUAACCCCUUAUAGAGUCUCCUGAGUGUCUCACAGUAAAUUUUUACUGUUUACCUUCUCGACCACUAUAAGCUUUUCUGUGAGAAACCCAACUUAUGUAAUCUUUACUAUAGUCAGGUGGACGCCAACCAAACUGCUCUUUUUUUUGUCUACACAGAGAAACCUAAUUUUAAAAUUUGAAUUCUUAUUUGUGUGUUCCCAUCCACUGAAUGUGGGUUUGUCUGCUUAGCUAAGAUGCUAAUAGAGAGCCACAGGAAUGAGCCUUUUACAUGUUCUAGAUAAGGUGUUCACAGACAAGUGGGUGAAGCAGACUGCACAAGUUAUCAGGGACAUUUAACACAGGAGCUUCAUGGUGUUGAUGUUAAAGUCAUGCAGCCAUGGUGUAGCUUGUUUAUAGCCUAUCAUUAGCAUUUUAUUUCUUUUGAUUGUAUUUAUUCAUCAGUUUGUGGAUAUUAUCCUGCUGAACGUGUCAAGAUUUUCUAUGAUAACCUAAAAGUUUAUAGAAAAUUCCCAUUGGUUUUAUGUCAGGGGAACCUGGUUAAUGCUAAAUUCGAGGUUGUCCUACCAAAUGUAAUCCCUGAGGAACUCUAUAAGGGUUUUCCUUUAAUUGUCCCUGAUUACCAAGCUGAUCUAUGCUAAUACUAAAUAUCUCAGUACAUACUUGUCAUGUUGCAGGUACUAUGCAUGUUAUUGUUCUGCCUAAAGUCUCUAUGAUACAGCGGGAAAACAAGGAUUAUUACCUCGUUUAGUUAUCCGUGGUUCCUAACAGAUGAAUCCUGCUGAUCUAAGUAUACUUAAAUCUGCCAGUGUUCAAACAGCAUACACUCAAACCUGGUUAGUGUGCAGCUGGGAAUCAGCUUUGGUAUUGUCAGUCCACCCAACACUCACAGACGUUUGAGAUGAGGUAUUAUGAUUUAUCUGCUCGACAGCACACAGAGCCAGGAGGGGUCUGCUGCCAGACUCUGUGAAAGUCAUUUAGAAAUCCUAAAAUCUGUAUUUUUAUUGUUGUUGAAGAACCUGAAGGUCUGAAACAUGGUCAUUUUUAGUUGUUGGGUGUAACUCUGGCUAUGACACGAUGACAUUUAGAGAACAGUGGCUGUUCACCAGUUUGAUUCUUACACAGAAACCCCGUCACAGUGCUCAGUUUGUCCUCGUCCAGUCGGCGUUCUCUCAGCUUUCAGAGUCUCGGUGCGACGCUGUGCCAAACACCAGAGAGUGCGCACUAACCAGCACAGCACAGCUUCCUCUUUUAGCCUCUCUGUGUGGAAAUGUGUGCGUGCUAACAGACACUUUGAGGGAUCUUUGAGGAACAUAAGCUGUUGUUAUGGAACUAAAUCAGCCCUUCAUCUCCUAUAACCUGUGCAUGCUCAGAGUAUUUAUUACAGAAUGCUUUUACAUGGACUGUAGCCUCAUUUAGCAUGUGAGCUAACUGAGUAGCACUUUGUAAAUAAACAGUAUGAGAAGUUAACUGAAAGGUGACCCAUUAGUCCCUCCAGCUUUGUCAUGGAGACAUAACUGCAAUCACCUCGAUGCCAAAAACGCACCGCGGGUCUUUAAGGAGAUGAAGUGACAAAUUUGGACUGUGAGCCAAUCAGAGUGUAGAGGUGAGGUCAGGUGAGGUCAGGCUCAGAGGUGGGGGAGAAGAGGAGGGUCUUUCAGAGCUGUGUUCAUGUCAUAUUUCAUGAAUUUUAGCUGUCGCAUCGUCGACUCGGUGUGCCUGCAGAGUUGGGCCUUUGGUGUUGACUGCAUCAGAACAUUUGUUAAAUUUGUGUUCAUAUUUUCACAUUAAAAAUCAGAAACGUAAACCAACACAAACAUUUUGAAUAUGACAUGAAUGCAGCACGAGUUCGCCUCCAUCCCAUUCACGCCUUCACUCCACCCACUCCUGUUCUGUAUGUAGCAUGCCUGUUUACUAAUCACAUUAUGCAAAUAAUUAAUUCUAAAAAAGAAAAAAAAAAGAAAAAGGCCUGGCUCGAUGUCAGUACGAAUGCUAGCUUUUCUGAUUUCUGCUGUGGUAGUGUACUCGUACACAGUUUUGUAUGGAUUUUGCUUGCGCUACCUCUCAGAGUUGCCUACAGUGUUUAAUUAACUAACUGCACAUCACAUGGUUUCACCUUCCACCGAUUAUUAACUGACUGUUAAAUUUCUUGUGCUUCUAUUUCUGUGAGAUUUUUACUGCAGCCAGUGUAAUUAUAUUUACGUGCAGGGUUUUGAUUGUGAACGCAUCUAAACACAAAGUGGUGUAAAUACAACCUGCUGUAGUAUGUCUGUAACCAGAAAUCUGUUCGAUAGGAAUCGAGCUGACUUACACUGAGAUGAAACGCUCCGAGGAAGAUUUUGGUAACCAGCAUUUAUCAUCUUUAA